AUGAGUUUCGCAUUCCCAUGUACUCAAUUUCCAUUUGUAACUUUAUCUAUAUACAAACGCAGUCUUCCGUCCGGCCACCGUCACCUGGCAUGGAAACGCCGCCGUAUCAAACACCUGGCUGUUCACAAUCAGCUUAAUCCCUCAUCUUCCCCCUUUGAUACCCUCUUUCAAAGCUUGCUCACACAGUUCUAUUCUGUAAAUACCCUCGACUACAUGGCUCCUACCCUCGGCCUGGUCUCCGGCCUCACCCUCUUUUUCUUCUCAAAAUCCCAAAAAUUGUUAUCUGGUACGAAGAAUUUUGAUAAAGAUAUUGGGGAAUGGAUUUUAUUUACCAGCCCGACACCGUUUAAUCGGUUUGUAACACUACGCUGCCCUUCAAUUUAUUUUCAAGGGAGUGAAUUGCUUGAAAAUGUUAACGAAAAGCUUCUUAAUGAGGACAGACAUUUCGUGAGAUUGAACCGUGGGAUAAUUCUUAAUGAAGUGGAGAAUGAUCGUGAAUUUGAUGAGAAAUUUGUAUAUCAGAGGGUUUGUGUGAACACAGAGGAUGGUGGGGUCGUGUCCCUGGAUUGGCCGGCGAAUUUGGACUUGGAGGAGGAGAGCGGAUUGGAUACAACCGUGUUGAUUAUUCCAGGGACUCCGGAGGGGAGCAAUGAAAGGAAAAUUAGGGAGUUUGUGUACGAGUGUUUGAAGACCGGACUUUUUCCAGUUGUAAUGAAUCCAAGGGGAUGUGCAGGAUCACCAUUGACCACUGCACGGUUAUUUACAGCUGCUGACAGUGAUGAUGUCUCCACAGCUAUACAGUACAUCAACAAAGCAAGGCCAUGGACAACAUUUAUGGGCGUUGGUUGGGGUUAUGGUGCUAAUAUGUUGACGAAGUACUUGGCAGAAGUUGGAGAGAACACGCCUCUUACAGCUGCGACAUGCAUAGACAAUCCUUUUGACUUAGAGGAGGCUACAAGGAUCUCCAUGCAUCACGUUGAUUUUGAUCAGAGUUUCACGAGCGGGUUGAUAAGUAUACUGCAUAGAAACAAGGAAUUAUUUCAAGGUCGUGGAAAAGGAUUUGAUGUUGACAGAGCUUUGUCUGCCUCAUCCAUUCGAGAUUUUGAAAAAGCAGUAUCCAUGGUGUCGUAUGGAUUUGACUCCAUUGAAGAUUUUUAUGCAAAAUCUAGCACGCGAGAUGUAGUUGGCAAAGUGAAGAUUCCUGUUCUUUUUAUACAGAAUGAUGAUGGGACAGUUCCUCUGUUCUCCAUUCCACGAAAUUUGAUUGCAGAGAAUCCUUAUACCAGCCUUCUGCUGUGUUCUUACUCACCAUUUAGUAAAACUACGAAUGGAAGGUCAACGUUCUCUUGGGGCCAUCACCUUAUUAUUGAGUGGCUCACAGCUGUGGAGCUUGGACUUUUGAAAGGUCGCCAUCCACUUCUGAAAGAUGUUGAUAUCGCUAUAAAUCCUUCAAAGGGUUUAUCAUUGGCAGGAGGUAGAUCUUUUGGUAAGAGUGAUAGAAUAGAGAAGCGCUUGAAUCUUCCUAAUACAGACAGAAUAGACAGCCACUCCCUCAACCUUAUAUUAGAGACUCUUGAAGAAAACAAUAUUACAGCUGGCAUCCAAUCAAAAUCUAGACAAAAUUCAAGAGGACCUGAACUCAAUAUGAAAAGAUUGAAACAAGAGAGUAAUGGUUUAGAGAACCAAAGCAGUGUUUUUAAUGCUGAAUUAAUAGAAGAUGGAACAAAUCCUGUUGAUGAUGAAAGAGGCCAGGUGCUACAGACUGCAGGAAUGGUUAUUAAUAUGGUUGAUGUGAAUAUUCCGGGCACUUUGUCAGAAGAACAGAGAAAGAAGGUCCUGAAUGCUGUGGGUCAAGGGGAGACAUUGAUGAAAGCUUUGCAAGAUGCUGUGCCUGAAGAUGUCCGCGAAAAGCUUACAACUGCUGUUUCUGGAAUUUUGCAGAGUCAAGGGUCUAAUCUAAAAUUUGAGAGGCUUUUAAGUUUGGGAAACAUAUCUGACGUGGCAGCAGGAUUAAACUCGGAAGUACUAGAAAAAAUUAGAAUUGCAAAAGGAGGUGAUGAUGGUCAAUUUCCCGAUCAGCAUAAGGAAAUAAAUCAUUUCGGUGAUGGUUCUGGUAAAGUCCUCCAUAGCUCAGACAAGCCUCCAGGAGUUUUGGAAUCAGAAUUUCAGUCGUCGGCGAAUUCACAGAAACCCAUUGACACAGGUCAAUUUCGACCUACAAGUACUAACACACAUGAUGAUCCAGGCUCAGAGAAAGUGGAGAUGAAUGACGUGGGGAAUGAUCACGAAAAUACACAAUUCUCCCAAGUAAAUGCUGUGAAAUCCUCUGAUGAUGAGAAUACUCGGGAAACAAGUGAUAGUCCCGAGUUAUCCAAUCAGUAUGAAGGGCCUGGUAGCACUGAGGAAAUUGUUUCAGAGCAGAAGAAACUACAAAAAGACGGCAUUAAAAAUCAAUCAGACCUGGAGGAGGAGGAGAACAAUAAACAGAAAAUUGAUCUUCCGACUGAUCAACAUAAGGUGGGGGAAUCCAGUCCAACAGCGGAUAAAUCCUCAGCUCUAUCUUCCAUUUCUGAGAAUCAACUGACAGAAAAAGAUGUGGAAAAUAAUCAGAAAGAGGAAGAGAAAGGUGGACAGCAUGUUUCAAAUCAAAAUAUCCCCAGUCCAACAGACGAUAAAUCAUCAGCACCAUCUUCCAUUUCCGAGAAUCAACUGACAGAAAAAGAUGUGGAAAAUAAUCAGAAAGAGGAAGAGAAAGGUGGACAGCAUGUUUCAAGUCAAAAUACAGAUGGUCCCCCAAGCUUCAGUGUUUAUGAGGCAUUCGAUGCCUUAACAGGGUUUGAUGAUUCCACUCAAGUUGCAGUUAAUAGUGUAUUUAAUGUAAUUGAGGACAUGAUUGAUCAAUUGGAGGUGGAAAAAGACGGUGAAAAUGAGGUCAAGGACCUGAAGGAAGGGUCUGUUUCGGAGAAUCCUUGUGAGAAUGAUGACCACAAAUCGGAGAAGAUGGAAAAUAGCAAGAAUGAGUUGAGCAUAUCUUCUGGUAGUUUAAAUGAUGUUCAUUCCUAUGAUCCACCAGACUCUGAGGAAAGAAAUAAACAACAUAUUAAAUUUGAUGGACAUCAUAGUGAUAGUUCCUGGUCAAAUAACACAGAGAGCCAGUUUGGUAAAGAUAAAGCAAGCAGUCUUCUCUACACUGGUACAGAACUUUCGUCUACGAAUAUUAAUAAAUAUUUGAAUGGCAGUCCACAAGAGGUUCCCAGUUAUUUAACUGCUUUUCCAUAUGGAGAUCCUUUAUACAAGGAAUACCUUAAGACAUACCUUAUGUCAAAGGUGAGGAAUAGCAUGCCACCAUCUCUGGAUACGUCAUCUCCUUUAUAUCUUUACUACAUCCCAGAAGAAGGUCAGUGGAAGCUUUUGGAUCAAGCAGAAGAUAAUGGUGCUUUUGUUGGUGAAUUUACUUCCCAUCAAGGUGAUAAUACAGAAAAUCGGAUGGAUAUUAAUUCAAGACAGAAGGAUACUGAUGAUAUCAUUGAACCGUGGUACACAAUAUUGGAUGCUGAAAAACAAUAUGAACAAGAUGAAGAUUGCAGGAAAACAAAUAAAGUCGAUGACAAUAUUGAAAUUGACGGGAACAAAUUUGAUAAGUCUAUAAUUUUCAUUAAAAGUAUUAUAUUGGAAUCUUUAAACGUUGAAGUUAAUCGUAGGAUCGGUGCUGCUGACAUGAAGGAAUUGGAGCCUAAGCUUGCCAGAGAUGUAGAGCAUGUUGCAAAUGCUGUAUCUCUGGCUGUGGGACAUGGCUCCAGUUUGGCUGCAGUGAGGAAAUUCUAUGAUGUAACUUCAGUGGAUUGUAAUGGCAAUGACGACGUAGGCCUUGAACGAGUCAGUGAAACAAGCGACAAUCAAGCUCAAGAAGGUGACAAGGAGAUUAAUGAAAGGCUUUCAAAGAAUAUUGAUCAGGAUUAUGAUUUGGACAUUUCAGUUAGCAAAGGUACAGAGAGUGUGGGAUUUAAAAAUACAGACAACAAAGUGAUGGUUGGUGCUGUUACAGCUGCUCUCGGGGCAUCUGCUUUACUUGUUCACCAACAGAAUACUGAAACUGCCGAAACUUCAACUGGGUCCUUCAAAGAGAAUGAAGGCAGCCAAGAGCUCUCCAAACUUGAGGAGGAAAUUGAUGCGAAAACUCAGAAUAACAUAGUCACGAGCCUUGCUGAGAAAGCAAUGUCUGUUGCUAGUCCUGUGGUACCAACAAAAGAGAAUGGGGAAGUAGAUCAUGAAAGGUUGGUAGCGAUGUUGGCAGAAAUGGGACAGAAGGGGGGCAUUUUGAAACUGGUUGGAAAAGUUGCUUUGUUGUGGGGUGGUAUACGUGGUGCCAUGAGUUUGACUGACAAGCUCAUCACAUUUCUGCGCAUUGCUGAACGUCCACUGAUCCUGAGGAUCCUUGGCUUCGUCUUGAUGGUGCUUCUUCUGUGGUCACCUUUGGUAAUUCCAUUGCUUCCAUCCCUGAUGCAAAGCUGGGCAACACGCAGUCCCUUCAAAAUUGCUGAGCUUGCUUGCAUUGCUGGACUCUAUGUUUCUAUCUUGAUAAUGAUUACUAUAUGGGGAAAAAGAAUUCGCAAGUAUGACGAUCCACUGAAGCAAUAUGGAAUGGAUUGGACUUCAAUAAAUGAGUUCAAGAAUUUUCUGAUGGGUUUGGGUGGAGGAGCCGUGCUUGUUUUCCUGAUACAGUCGGUGAAUUCCGCAAUUGGCUGUGUUCGACUGUGUUGGCCAGCUACUCUCUCUUUAUCAUCUUCAGAUCCAGUAACAUUGGUUAGAGUAUAUGGCCGGAUGCUCAUGCUUUUUGUUCAAGGACUUGCAACUGCAAUUGGUGUUGCAAUUUCAGAGGAAUUUCUCUUUAGAUCUUGGCUACCUCAGGAAAUUGCUGCUGACCUUGGAUAUCAUCGUGGAAUAGUUAUUUCAGGACUUGCAUUUUCUUUAUUUCAAAGGUCAUUAUGGGAAAUACCUGGGUUAUGGUUACUAUCCCUCAGUUUGUCUGGAGCUCGGCAAAGAAACCAAGCUGUUUAUAAGACAAAAAGUACAAGUGAUAAAGAGGAUAAACAAGUAAAUUUACAUGGGCAAGUUUAUUAUGAAGGUUUGUUGCAUGCUCACUUUGUGGCUGAAAUGUUGCCAAAAAGUGGAGCUGAAAGUUCUGAGAAACCUGAUAUGCAGCCAAUUUUGUAG